AUGAGUGAAAGUGUAUCAUUGUUAAGAACGCGAGAAGAUCUCCAUAAUCCCAUUGAUUACAAAGAACAAUUCUGGCGCUAUCCAACUGAAUUUAAUGAUGAAACUAAUCCUGUUAGUUCGACUAAAGCUGACGAUUCUAAUCAAUCCAGGUUCGUAAAAUAUGCAGAAAUCAUCUUAAAGUACAAUGUUAUAGAAUUUAGACAUCAUCCAAACGGCACUGAAUUUCCCGUUUUAACCUUAUUGUUAUUUAUUGUAUUUACUGCGUCUGAUGAUAAUGAUUUAGAUUUAAAAUCCUGCAAAUAUCGAAUUUCCUGGACUGGGUUGUUUAACGGUUAUAUUCAGAGACUAUGUGAAAAUGCAAACGAAACAGUUUUCAAAAAAAUUGCUUUUUUUAAAGGAAAUCCUGAUUGGGGUUUGACUUUCUCAUCUGUGGACGAGAAGAUAAAUUAUGGUUAUAGCAUUAAAUCGUCUUUUGGGAUCUGUUUAAAAGUCAUACCUACUCUAUACACUGCUUAUUAUGAUCUCUUGAAUAGAGAACGUGACCGUCAAUAUGAACAUGAUUCUGUAUCCCCAAAUGGUAGACCCGAUCAGGGACCCGUAAAAAUUAGAUCGCAAUCGCAAUUUUUACCUUCAACGAUACACUAG